CAACCGAUUGAAUCUUUGGUCACGUCCCAAACCGCGCCCUGCUGUACUCGAUAGGAGGUCUAAAUAGUCCGCACACGCCGGUACCUUCCCAGUUCGUCCUGUGGUGUGGUGAUUUGGGACGCAGCCUUUUUUCCUCGCAGGCAACUUUGGACUUCCGCAUCUCUCCGUAACUUCGUCAUUUCCGGCUGCGUCUCAGUACCGCAGCGAUAAGCAUCGCUAAGAUGUAAAUGGAGAGGAGAGAUAAAAGUCUGACAAGACGGUCACUGCAGACACCAGCGGCGGGACAGAGAACGCGUUUCCACGGCGCCCAUUAGAACAGCACCCACUGAUAAUAGCAGCGGCGCCUCCAGCAGCUCGGUCAGCCAUUUUUAGCGAGUACGGAUGGCCGGAGAGGUUCGCGGGGCCCUUGGCCGGAGACGGAGCGUGUUGCUCGGCCUGGCUCGGUCAGGCCUCCGCGGGACACAAUGGCGGACGUUUAUCCUCAUUUCUGCUGCGGUUGGGGGACUCGUGGGACUGACCGCCGCCGAGGCUAAGGAGUGCGACAAGCCGUGUGUGAACGGCUGGUGCGACCCGGCCAGCGGCAGCUGCGUGUGUGAGCCGGGCUGGGUAGAGGAGCAGUGCCAACACUGCGGCGGCCGCUUCAGGCUAACUGGACCUUCUGGAUACCUGACAGAUGGACCAGGGAACUACAAACACAAAACCAAGUGCACGUGGCUCAUAGAGGGACAGUCAAACACUAUUCUGAGGCUGCGCUUUGAGCACUUUGCCACAGAGUGCAGCUGGGAUCACUUAUACGUAUAUGAUGGAGACUCGAUAUACUCUCCCCUGUUGGCUGCAUUCAGUGGUCUGAUCGUCCCCGAGCACAACAGCAAUGAAACUGUGCCCGAGGUGGUGGCUGAAUCCGGCUUUGCGCUCCUCCACUUCUUCAGCGAUGCAGCCUACAAUCUCACUGGCUUCAACAUCUCUUACAGGAUAAAUAUGUGUCCUAAUAACUGCUCAGGCCGUGGCGUUUGUCAUCCUGCUAACUCCAGUGACGUGGUGCAGUGUGAUUGUGAGGAGGGCUGGAAAGGCGAUGCAUGUGAUGUCCCAUAUUGUGCCUCAAACUGCAGUUACCCUGUGGGGGGUCAGUGCCAAAUCAGUGACAAACGCUGUCUCUGCAACCAUGGCUGGCAAGGCCCUGAUUGUUCAGUGUCCGUACCUGCUAAUGUUUCAUUUUGGACACAUGAGGACUUCAGUGGACACAGCCUGGCACGGGCAUCCCAUAAGGCUGUGGUUCAUGAAGAUGUCAUGUGGGUGAUCGGUGGUCAUGUAUUCAACUACACCAGCUACCAGAUGGUGAUGGCAUUUAAUCUCUCCUCUCAGAGCUGGAUGUCUGUAAAUCGUUCAGCCAAUUUGGUGACUGCACGCUACGGUCAUUCUCUAGCUGUGCAUGAGGAUAAGAUCUAUAUGUAUGGUGGGAAGAUUGAUUCCACAGGGAAUGUGACAUCUGAGCUGUGGGUGUUUCACAUAAAGAAUCAGUCGUGGGAGCUGCUGAACCCAAGAGCUAAAGAGCAAUAUGCAGUGGUGGGUCACUCUGCUCAUGUUGUUCACCUCCAGCCUGACGGAUCAGAGCCGGUCAUGCUCGUCAUCUUUGGUCACUGCCCUCUGUAUGGAUACAUCAGCCAAGUGCAGCAGUACAACAUUGUAAAGAACAGGUGGAGUGUUUUAGAGACGACUGGAGCGCUGGUUCAUGGCGGCUAUGGACACAGCAGUGUGUAUGACCUUCAGACACGUUCCAUCUACAUUCAUGGCGGCUACAAGGCCUUCAAUGCCACAAAGUACGGUCUGGCUGGUGACCUGUACCGCUACGAUGUCAACACUAGCAUGUGGUCGAUUCUGCGGGACAGCGGGUCUUAUCGCUACCUCCACACAGCCGUGCUGGUAGGCGGGAACUUGCUAGCGUUCGGCGGAAACACCCACAAUGAUACAUCCAUGAGUUAUGGUGCCAAGUGCUUCUCUUCUGACUUCAUGGCCUACAACCUGGCAUGUGAUGAGUGGACUGUGCUGCCCAAACCUGAACUUCACCAUGAUGUCAACCGCUUUGGACAUUCCGCUGUCUACGCAAAUGGAGUGAUGUAUGUGUACGGAGGUUUUAACAGCCUGAUGCUGAGCGACAUGUUGAGGUUUACUCCUGCAAGCUGUUCUGCUUACACUGAAACCGAAUGUGUGACGGCUCUGCCAGGUGUGUGGUGUUUGUGGAAUUCCACCACCAAUACGUGCCAUCCCUGGGAGACGGGUAAACUCCAAGACCAAGAGAUGUGCCCUCCACGAGUGUAUGUUAGCAGUGAUAAGUGUGACCAGUACACUGACUGCUACAGCUGCACAGUUAACAGCAAUGGUUGUCAGUGGUGCUCUGAACGCUGUGUGGCCGUCCACAUUAACUGCACUGCUUCAUCGGGCUCAAUAACAGAAUAUGAAUCGUGUCCUAAAGGUAUCCACUCCUAUAUGUGUAAUAAAAAGACCAGCUGUAAGAGCUGUGCUACUGACCCAAACUGCCAGUGGGAAGCCAGGAACCAGGAAUGCAUCUCUUUGCCUGAGAAUAUCUGUGGGGAAAGCUGGCACCUGGUGGGUAACUCGUGUAUGAAGCUCAUCACGGCUAAGGAUUCGUAUGACAAUGCCAAGCUGGCCUGCCGCAGUCACAGCGCUGUGCUUGCCUCACUAACCACCCAGAAAAAGGUGCAAUUUGUCCUCAAAGAGCUGCAGAGCAGAAGUGCACACGUGAGUGAGGCUCUAAAUCAAUCUAAACUAGUAACUCCAUGGGUUGGUCUAAGGAAAGUAAAUGUGUCGUACUGGUGCUGGGAGGACAUGUCACCGUUUACUAACACUACGCUGCAGUGGUUACCCGGAGAACCCAGCGAUGCUGGCUUUUGUGGCUACUUGGCCGAGCCCAGUUCCAGCGGCCUGAAGGCAGCACCCUGCAUCAACUCCUUCAACGGCAGCCUGUGUGAAAGAUCAGCGAACCACAGUGUGAAGCAGUGUCGAACUCCCUGUGCUCUGCGCUCCUCCUGUAGUGAGUGUACGAGCGGAGGUGCAGAGUGCAUGUGGUGUAGUAAUAUGAGGCAGUGUGUCGACUCCAACGCUUACGUUGCUUCCUUUCCCUUUGGUCAAUGCAUGGAAUGGUACACCAUGAACAGCUGCCCACCGGAAAAUUGCUCUGGGUAUAGGACAUGUUCACAGUGUCUGGAUCAGCCUGGUUGUGGAUGGUGCACUGACCCCAGUAAUACAGGGCGGGGCCAGUGUAUGGAGGGAUCAUACCGUGGACCAAUCCAAACCCUCCUUCAUGCCCCUUCAUCGUCGAGACCUUCCCUCGUACCAGCCCCUCAAGCUCUGUUGAAUGUGAGCUGGUGUCCACAUGAGACCAAGUACAACUGGUCCUUUAUCCAGUGUCCAGCAUGCCAGUGUAAUGGCCACAGUGCAUGCGUCAAUGAGAGUAUUUGUGAGAGAUGUGAAGAUCUCACCACUGGCAAGCACUGUGAGAACUGCAUAUCCGGUUAUUAUGGUGACCCCACCAACGGGGGCAGCUGUCAGCCCUGUAAGUGUAAUGGUCAUGCCAGCAUGUGUAAUUCAAACAAUGGCAAGUGUUUCUGCACCACCAAGGGCAUUAAAGGAGACCGCUGCCAUCAGUGUGAAGUGGAGAAUCGUUACCAGGGCAACCCUCUAAAAGGAACCUGCUAUUACACUUUGCUAAUAGACUACCAGUUCACCUUCAGCCUGACUCAGGAGGAUGACCGCUACUACACCGCCAUUAAUUUUGUAGCCACACCAGACGAGCAAAAUCGAGAUCUGGACAUGAUCAUUAAUGCCUCGAAGAACUUUAACCUCAACAUCACCUGGGCAACCAGCUUUGCAGCUGGUACUCAGUCUGGAGAAGAAAUUCACAUCGUCUCCUACAGCAAUAUAAAAGAGUUCAAGGACAGCUUCUCCAAUGAAAAAUUUGAUUUUCGGAGCAAUGUUAAUAUCACUUUCUUCGUUUACGUCAGCAACUUCACCUGGCCAAUCAAAAUACAGAUUGCUUUUUCACAGCACAGUAACUUUAUGGAUCUGGUACAGUUCUUUGUCACAUUUUUCAGCUGUUUCUUGUCGCUUCUGCUGGUUGCAGCAGUUGUAUGGAAGAUCAAGCAGAGUUGCUGGGCAUCACGACGAAGAGAGCAACUCCUGCGAGAGAUGCAGCAGAUGGCCAGUCGGCCGUUUGCCACCAUUAAUGUUGCCUUGGAGACGGAUGAGGAGCCGCCUGACCUGAUUGGUGGAAAUGUAAAGGCUGUGCCAAAGCCUAUAGCUUUGGAACCAUGUUUUGGGAAUAAAGCAGCAGUGCUGUCCAUCUUUAUCAGAUUACCCAGAGGCCCUGGAGGCAUCCCAACUCCGGGACAGUCAGGCCUGGCAGUGGCGAGUGCCCUGGUAGACGUGUCUCAGCAGUUGUGUGUGUGCUAUAAGGAGAAAUCUGGAGGGCUGCGCACCCGUAAGCAGCAGCCAAUAGCGCAGCCAGCUACGUGCAUCUGACACUUGCUUUCCGUCCCCGAUUCCUGAGCUUUGACCUCCCCCGGGACUAAGCCACGGACACAUGCAUCCCAUAUGGCGGAGGUCACAUACUCACAGGUGAAACAAGGAUGCAGAAUAAUUGGAGAACUGAGACUCCCAACCCAUGAAACGUACCCACGUGGAGAAGGAAAGCUGAAGGAAUGCGAGGCACAGACAUGGAAAGAGGGAGACGGAGGGAACCCUUUCUCACCUCUAACUAAUUGACUGCAGAUAGGACUUCUGACUCAUAUCUGCUAUGUGAUAUUUAACUUAUUAUUGUUGUUCCUUGUUUUAGUCCCUUUUUAUGCUCAGGAGGAGUUUCCCCUGCACUGCUGCACCAUGGUCUCCAUGGCAACAUACAGUCAGACCACCCAUAACUAGCUAUUAUACGUUCACCUGCCCUUAAACACUUGCCAAAACAAACACAAACAAAGGUCAUCCAUGAAGCAGGUUGAGUAUCUGCGUUCCUUAAAUCAUGGCUCUAAGGGCAGUAGAAUCUCUGUGGUGUUCUAGGUUAUUGAAGGUGUGUUCAAUGUUGCAAUGCGCGCAUGUUUUCAUGAAGUGGGUCAUUUUCACAGUCAAACUACGUCAUGCCAUUUCUCCGUUUGUAAGAAACAGGCAAUUUUCUCUUCUCUUUUCACUUCAGUCACUUUCAGUUGUGCCUGACACAGAUCAUUGCCCUGUGUCCUGCUCAAAAGCAUUUCAUCAGUGUUUUACACUCAAAAAAACUUUUCCCCCCUUAUCUCAGUCUGAUUUCCCUUCUUUUUGCCACCCUCAGACCCACAUCCUGUAUCUCCUUUGAGACCCCAUGCCAUUUCUGACUCAAACUGAACCUUAGGGAGCUGAAAGUGCGUAAAGGCAAAGGCCUCAGGAUUAAAUCUGAACAGCAGCUUUUAGAGUUUUUCAAAAUGCCAGAUGCCAUUUUAGACACUUAUGUUUUCCCAGACAGGCGCACACAGUGGUAGAGUACUUCCAAUUACAUUUAUAAUGUGUGUGCAUGUGCAAAUGUUGGAUUUUUUGUUAUUAGGGCUAAAGAGCAGGUUUUAGUGUAGACUAAAUGGCAGAUGAGAAACAGAGAAAUAUGACAUUAUAAAAUGUAUAACAGUGGCAAUUGUUAUGCUUUUUGUUAGGCGUUUUUUUUUUUUUUGGUCCAUAUUUGGUCUAAUUAUUAUUAUAUUUUUUUAGAGAUGUCUUGUUCUCAGCUCAUUCCAUUACAUCCUCUUUCUCAGAUCAGGGAGCUUUCUACUCUACUGGUUUUCUACAUUACCUGAAUUGUACUAGCAUCCCAGUGUAUUAAGAAGUUUACUUUUCAAUUCCAUCUAACCUUGUAUUUAUUUCACCAGAGUAUGCUCACAUGCAGGUAUGUUUUGUGUCUUUUGCAUUUCAUUACAGAAUAAUGAAGUAGGGUGCAGAAUGCAGUUAUUCCUCUCUCAUUUGUUCCAGGCACGUGCCAUUUCAGUUAUUACUCUGUGUAUUACACUGUCAUGCACUCGGUAUAUAAUGAGUUGUGACGAGGCUGCAGAAUGGAACUGAGAUUGGAUUUAUGUAUCUCUGAUUACCUACUUGUCAAUUCCCUUGCAAUGGCUGAGCCAUGAUUGACGUGACACGGGCCUUUCACAAACAUUAUGGCUGAUCAGACCACUGCAACCAAACAAGACCUUUCAUUGCGAUGUCACACAGAACUGAAAACUGCUAUGAUUGUGAUGGGAAACCACCUUAUACUUUGAUGGAUUAAAUGUUAGGAUUCAUCAAAAUGAGGAAGUAACAUCAAUAGCUUGGAAGCUAUAAAGAAUGGGACUGUCCACUUUAAUAAACGCUCAAUGGAAGGCUAAGAGAUAAAAGCUAAUUUCUGCAGUUUUAGACAGCAUAUAAUAAAUUGUAAGAAACUAGGUAUGACAAGCACUCACAUUCACUUUUUACGCUCAUCAUGUAGAACACAGACAUGAAAGGAGAUAGUCUUUUGGUGAGAGAGCCAAUUAACCGAUUCCUUCAGGUCUCAAAGAGAUCUUUACCCAGUCCUACACCUCAAUCUCACCACCUACUUACUGUACAGUAAUCACUGUAGAUACCAGGAUCUAUAGGUUAAUGUGUAUAAUGUAGCAGCAGAUGAACUCUUUUUGUAACAUAACGAUGAACAUUAAUGUGAAUGCCAUUUCUGUUGAAUGACUUGCUCGGCAGGUGAAGUAUCCCCAGCUUUUACGGUGGGAGCUCACUGCAGCUUCUUUUUGUAUGUAAGAUAGCGAAUGUCAUCAUGAACAAAUUGAUUUAAGCACAAAUGCAAUGUGUAAAACAAAAUAAUAAUAAUAAAACAAGAAAAUUCUUGAGAACUGAAGUUGUAAUUAUACAUGUACAUAAAAAAUACAAUUUUUGUCUAUAAUAAAUGCUGCAAUUAAGGGU